GGACAUAUCUGACAGACAUUCCAACUAAGCUCCUCCCACUGGCGCUGGUGGAACCUGUGUGACCAGGUGAGGUUCUGUUUCAUUCCAGGACACAGUUCACCUGAGACACACCAACACUUCGACUCUUCCAUCAGCCUUCCACAGGUCCAUUCCUCCUGCAGACUGAGGGAAGUCUGGGAUUUUACAGACCGGGUCCUGGUGCUGGGUUCCUGUUCCUCUAAAUUGGUAUUUCCAAUGUUGUAUUCAGGAAAUCCCCUCCGAUGUCUGACUGGGACAAUCAUGUGAGCUGAAGUCGUCCAGAACAGGAGUGAGUUUCACUGGACCACUGGGGACAUUUCCAUUACAGCGUCAUUAACACAUGUUUGUUGUGUGACUGAUGUGGAUUCAGCAGAAUGGAUCAGCGUGAGGACAGAGAGGAGGGAGCCCCUCCCCCAAAGACCACAGCCAUGUCAGAGUUCAACACUAAAACCACUGACCUCACUAUUCACAGACCUGGACCAGGACCAGGACCAGGACCUGGACAAGGACCCAGCUGUGUGUCCAUGAAGAAUGAUGCUUCCAAGCAUUUUCUUAUUUCUUUCCAACAGGACCAUUCAUCAGAGUCAGCGUAGCAGCAGAGCUCAGAGGUUCCCACUGGUCUACAGGAUCAGACUCAGCUGGACUCCAUAUUUGAGCUGCUGGAGGAGAACAUCUGCACUUUUGUCAAGAACAAACUGAAGAAGUUCCACCAGGUUCUGAGUCCAGAUUACCCAGAAUGCUUAGAGAGUCUGAGUGAUGAGGAUGAAGAACAGAGGAGGAGCUCAGAGGCUUUUCUGAAGAUCACACUGAACUUCCUGAGGAGGCUGAAGCAGGAGGAGCUGGCUGAGCGUCUGCACCGCAGUAAGACCAUUCUUCGGUCUGGAGUUCAGCAGCGGAAACUGAAACGUAACCUGAAGCAGAAGUUUGAGUGUGUGUUUGAGGGCAUCGCUAAAGCAGGAAACCCCAAAACCCUCCUGAACCAGAUCUACACAGAGCUCUACAUCACAGAGGGAGGGGCUACAGAGGUCAACCAGGAACAUGAGGUCAGACAGAUUGAAACAGCAUCCAGGAACCCACACAGACCACCAACAACCAUCACAUGUAAAGACAUCUUUAAAACACCACCUGACAGAGAUCAACCAAUCAGAACAGUGCUGACAAAGGGUGUGGCCGGCAUCGGGAAAACAGUCUUAACACAGAAGUUCAGUCUGGACUGGGCUGAAGACAAAGCCAACCAGGACAUCCACUUCAUAUUUCCAUUCACCUUCAGAGAGCUGAAUGUGCUGAAACAGAAGAAGUUCAGCUUGGUGAAACUGGUUCAUCACUUCUUCACGGAAACCAAAAAAGCAGGAAUCUGUAUCUUUGAAGACCUCCAGGUGGUGUUCAUCUUAGACGGUCUGGAUGAGUGUCGACCUCCUCUGGACUUCAACAACACUCAGAUCCUGACUGAUGUUACAGAGUCCACCUCAGUGGAUGUGCUGCUGAUGAACCUCAUCAGGGGGAACCUGCUUCCCUCUGCUCGCCUCUGGAUAACCACACGACCUGCAGCAGCCAAUCAGAUCCCUGCUCAGUGUGUUGACAUGGUGACAGAGGUCAGAGGGUUCACUGACCCACAGAAAGAGGAGUACUUCAGGAAGAGGUUCAGAAAAAAGAAACAGACCAACACAAUCAUCUCCCACAUCAAGACGUCACGAAGCGUCCACAUCAUGUGUCACAUCCCAGUCUUCUGCUGGAUCACUGCUACAGUUCUGAAGGACGUGUUGAAGACCACAGACAGAAGACAACUGCCCAAGACCCUGACUGAGAUGUACAUCCACUUCCUGGUGGUUCAGGCCAAACUGAAGAACGUCAAGUAUGAUGGAAGAUCUGAGACAGAUCCACCCUGGAGUCCAGAGACCAGGAAGAUGAUUGAGUCUCUGGGAAAACUGGCCUUUGAGCAGCUGAAGAAAGGAAACCUGAUCUUCUAUGAAUCAGACCUGACAGAGUGUGGCAUCGAUAUCAGCUCAGCCUCAGUGUACUCAGGAGUGUUCACUGAGGUCUUCAAAGAGGAGAGCGGACUGUACCAGGACAAGAGGUUCUGCUUCAUCCAUCUGAGUGUCCAGGAGUUUCUGGCUGCUCUUCAUGUCCAUCAGACCUUCAUCAACACUGGAGUCAAUCUGCUGUCAGGACAAACAUCUGUUUGGUCUAAACUAUCAAAGGACAAAUCUGUCCAGUUCUACCAGACCGCUGUGGACCAGGCCUUACAGAGUCCAAAUGGACACCUGGACCUGUUCCUCCGCUUCCUCCUGGGUCUAUCACUGCAGACCAAUGACAGGCUUCUACAAAGUCUGGUGAAACCAACAGGAAGCAGCUCAAAGACCAACCAGAAAACUGUUGAGUACAUCAAGAAGAAGAUCAGUGAGAAUGUGUCUGCAGAGAGAAGCAUCAACCUGUUCCACUGUCUGAACGAACUGGAGGAUCGAUCUCUGGUGGAUCAGAUCCAACAGUACCUGAGAUCAGGACGUCUGUCCACAGAACAACUGUCUCCUGCUCAGUGGUCAGCUCUGGCCUUCAUCUUACUGUCAUCAGAAAAAGACCUGGAUGUGUUUGACCUGAAGGAAUACUCUGGUUCAGAGGAGGUUCUUCUGAGGCUGCUGCCAGUGGUCAAAGCCUCCAACAAAGCUCUACUCAGCGGCUGUAAACUGUCAGAGAGAAGCUGUGAAGCUCUGUCCUCGGUUCUCAGAUCCCAGUCCUGUAGUCUGACACAACUGGAUCUGAGUAAGAAUGACCUGAAGGAUUCAGGAGUGAAGAUCCUGUCAGAUGGACUGAAGAGUCCAGGAUGCAGACUGGACACUCUCAGAUUGUCAGGAUGUCUGAUCACAGAGGAAGGAUGUUCUUCUCUGGUCUCAGCCCUUAAGUCCAAUCCGUCCUAUCUCAGAGAGCUAGACCUACGCUACAACCAUCCAGGAGCCUCAGGACAGGAGCUGUGUUCUCUAGUGGAGGAUCCACACUGGAGACUGGACACUGUCAGGUUGGAUCCUGCUGGAGUCCGAUGGUUGACACCGAGGAGACAUUUCUGUGAACUCACCCUGGAUCCAAACACAGCGCACAGACACCUCAAACUGUCUGAAAACAACAAGAAGGUGAAACUAGUGAGGGAGGUUCAGUCAUAUCGUUAUCAUCAGGACAGAUUUGAGUAUGAGCCUCAGCUGAUGUGUUCUACUGGUCUGACUGGUCGCUGUUACUGGGAGGUCCAGUGGAGUGGAAGCGUUCAUAUAUCAGUGACUUACAGAGGAAUCAGAAGGAAAGGACGCAGCCAAGACUGUGGGUUUGGAUUAAAUGGUCAGUCCUGGAGUCUGAGGUGUUUUAGAGAUGGAUACAGUGUCUGGCAUAAAAAGAAAUGUAUAGGCCUCCCUCAGUCCUCCUCCCCCUCCACCUCCUCUGGUACAGUAUCAGUGUAUGUGGACUGUCCUGCUGGAUCUGUGUCCUUCUACACAGUCUCCUCUGACAAACUGAUCCACCUCCACACCUUCAAAACCACAUUCACUGAACCACUGUUUGGAGGAUUUACACUGUGGACACCAGGAUCCACAGUGUGUUUGUGUGGUGUGUAGUUGUGUGUUUGUGUAGCUUUUGAUGCUUUCGACACUGUACACCAUCACAUCCUUCUGCAACGUUUGGAACAAUCAAUUGGUAUCAAAGGAUCGGCAUUAAUGUGGUUCAAAUUUGAUCUAAAAGAUCAUUCUCACUUUGUUCACAUUAAUAAUGAUUCCUCUCAGUGCACUACAGUUAGUUAUGGAGUACCUUAAGGCUCGGUUCUUGGACCAGUACUGUUUAUCCUAUACGUGCUUCCUUUAGGUAACUGAAUAAGAAAACAUUCCAUCAACUUUCAUUGCUACGCUGAUGAUACCCAAUUAUAUUUAUCCAUUAAAUCUGAUGAAGCCAAUCAGCUAGCCAAAAUACAAGAGUGCGUUAAAGAUAUUAGACUGGAUGACCAACAACUGUCUGCUGUUAAACUCAGAUAAAACUGAAGUCAUUGUGUUUGGACCAAAAACUGUUAGGAGUUAAACACGUGUCAAAAAGCAGCUGGACCGAUUUAGAAAAAAAAGAGCCCAAACUAAAACUACUGGGACCAAAUUCAAAUUCUUGUUGUUCAUUGUGCUCCAGUUCAGUUUAUGUUCAACAUCCAAAAAUCUCUUAUUGAUGUCCAUUCUAGUGCCUUAUUUAGUCCAAACCUGUCAAACUUCAGUUCCUCUCUUUGUCUUUUUCUGUUCUUCCACAUGUUUUGACCC